GUGUCGUUAAACACCAGGAAGUUGUAAACAAAGCUGACAGCUACUGAGUUAGCUGUUAAGUAUAUCUGCAUGGAUCUCGAAAUUGCUGAAUAAAAAGGCGAUAUUAGUUAUUUUUAAAUAAUAAAGCUAACCGGUUUCAAUGUAGCGGUCGUUUUGCGAUUAUUCCCUGGAUCUAUUCCUCUUAGGUACCGUUACCUGUCUUCCGUUUUAGUGCUGAGGGGAGAAAAAAACAAAACAACUAACGUUUUUGUACAAGGACGUUAGACCAGUCGCCGUUGCCGCAUCCACAGUAAACGUUAAUCGUCUACUAUUUACCCGAUCCACACUGGUUUAACACCACCGGCUUGAACAGCGAGAGGGGUUUUAUCUUUGUUAGCUAAACAACAAUGUCCACGUCCAACGCCAGCUUUAAGAACAAAUGCGUGGCCCAGGUGAACUGCAUCUUCUGUGACAGUCUGUUGUGCACCAGGGGGAUGAAGGCUGUGCUUCUUGCAGACACCGAAGUUGAGCUCUUUUCCACGGAUAUACCUCCAAACAGAACUGUUGACUUCGUGGCCAGCUGCUACUCGACUGAAAGCUGCAAAUGCAAACUGAGAGACAUUGCAUGUCUCAAAUGUGGCAAUGUUGUGGGUUAUCAUGUGGUUGCCCCCUGCAAACCCUGCUUGCUGUCAUGUAACAACGGCCAUUUCUGGAUGUUCAACAGCGACGCUGUGUCCACUCUCAACAGACUUGAUGCUACGGGUCUGAACCUGCUCCUUUGGGGAGAUCUUCCAGAGUUGGACGACAGUGAAAACGAAGAAUCGGAAAGCCCAUCAGAGGAAGAGUGCAUUAGGUAGAGUGCAACACGGACAAUGCAAGAGGAACCUAGUGGAACGACAUUCAUUAGUGGGGGAGGUGGAGCUGGAAGAGUGUACAGACUAUGCUGGGAGGAGACCAAAAAGAGAAGCAUUAAAGGGUAACUGAACACUGAAUCGCAUAAGGCUGAUGAGCUCUGCUGUAAUCCUCUGUGCGGGCCGUGACUGCAGCUUCUAAUCAUUCGUCAAACUGAUGCUGCAGCAGGUGUUUCGUCUUUGACGGGUAGCGGAGAACACCUGCUGCGACGUCAUUGGGGCGUGGCUGUGAAGCAGAGGCGCGCCAAAGUUUUUUUGUUGAGUUACCCUUUAAGCUGUGGCCAUGCCUUUCUCUUCUUCAAUUUACAAAGUUAAAGCACAGAUUGAAAAAAACAUAAAUACAUUCUUUAGGGUAUUGUGAAAUAUAUAGCCGAGGAGAUCGGAGAUUCUUGCCUCUUUGCGACACCUUGAGUUUACUUUGCGUUUAGUUAUGAGUAAAGCAGAAGACGCGAUACAAGAUGGCGUUUAAUUUAGUUCAGACUCUGUGAAAGGAUGGCCACAGCUCACCCAGUUGUAAUCUGUACAGAUAACAUGCUGUGAUUGAGAGCUGUGUCUUAAAGGCCCUAUAUGUGUUCUCGCUGUGUGGCUUGGUGCUGAAUGAAACCUCGAGUGCUUUUUGAAUCUCACAUAUUAGAGAAAUGGCACAAAUAUUAAAUGAUGUACACGUUC